AUGGGCAAGAUAAUCUUCUUCGAGGACAGGAACUUCCAGGGUCGCACUUAUGAGACCAGUUGCGACUGCCCUGAGCUGACCUCCUACCUGAGCAGGUGCAACUCCUGCAGGGUGGAGAGCGGCUGCUUCAUGAUCUACGACAGGCCCAACUACACUGGAAACCAGUACUUUCUGAGGACUGGCGAGUUCUCUGACUUCCAGUGCAUGGGCAUGGCCAACUCCAUCAACUCCUGUCGUCUGAUCCCUUAUCACCAGGGGUCUUUCAGGAUGCAGGUGUAUGAGAGGGAGAACUUUGAAGGCCAGAUGAACGAGCUGACCGACGACUGCGAGUCUGUCCAGGAACGUCACCGCAUGUCCGACUGCCAGUCCUGCAACGUGAUGGACGGCCACUGGCUGAUCUAUGAGCAGCCCAACUACAGAGGCAGGAUGCUGUACCUGAGGCCCGGAGAGUACAGGAACCUCAGGGAGAUGGGCAUGGGCAACGUGAUGAGGUUCAGCUCUAUGAGGCGCAUCAUGGAUUCCUGGUACCAUGGAGAAAUUCUCAAAAUAAAAAAUUUAAUUGCAAGUCACACAGUGCUGUGGAAUCCUUUGUUCAACCUCAUCGUCUCUGCCAAACACUCAGCUGCCCAGCGGGAGUCCAUGAUGCGCUUCAUGGAGCUGAACCUCAUCAUGUUGCCCAUGCCCAUCUCCCUGAGGUUCCUGUACUCUCCGGGCUUCAGCAUCUGGUGGCCCAUGAAGUUGGGCCUCUCGUACACCAUGAAGCAGCCGCUCUCCACCCUGCAGGAGUUGCACCUGCUCAGGAAGGAGCGUGGCUCUUCUUCGUUGCAGAUCAUCUUUUACGAGGAGAAGAACUUCCAGGGUCGUUCUUACGACUGCAGCACCGACUGCGUCGACCUCACCAUUCACCUGAGCCGCUGCGGCUCCUGCAGGGUGGAGAAUGGCUGCUUUGUGGUGUACGACCGCUCCAACUUCAUUGGAAACCAGAACUUCCUGAGGAGAGGAGAGUACGCUGAUGUGCAGCGCAUGGGCACCAUGAUGGGCAUGGGUGUUCUGGACACCAUCCGCUCCUGUCGUAUGAUUCCCAUGCACAGGGGACAGUUCAGGAUCAGGAUCUACGAGAGGGAGAACUUCGGAGGCCAGGUCCAUGAGCUGAUGGACGACUGCGAGUCUCUCCUGGAACGCUACCGCAUGACCGACUGCCAGUCUUGCAAUGUGAUGGAGGGCCACUGGCUGAUGUUUGAGCAGCCCAACUUCAGAGGCAGGAUGAUGUACGUCAGGCCCGGCGAGUACAGGAGCAUGAGGGACAUGGGAAUGACCACCCUGAUGAAAGUCAGCUCCAUCAGACGUAUCAUGGACAUCUGCUAA